AAAAACAGGCUAAAGAGUGCCCUCUACAGGUUGUGUGUGUGUGUGGUAGCUGCAAUGAUUUAAGGUGGAACGGCGAAUUUAAAUGAGAAACCAAAUGCAGCCUUGUCUUGUUUUGGGUUGCACAACUGGUUCAGAGCUAGUCGAGUUAGCAUAAAGUCAUCCAGGUGAUUGUGUUGAGCUCGAGGUGACCGGCAUGGCGGUUUUAUCGAAGGAAUAUGGCUAUGUGCUGCUGACCGGAACUGCCUCCAUUCUCCAGUUGCACUAUCUGGCUUAUGCUGUGAUGAAAGCUCGCAAAAAAUACAAUGUAAAGUAUCCCACCAUGUACAGCGAUGACCCAGAGAAUGGCCAUGUCUUCAACUGCAUCCAAAGAGUUCACCAGAAUUCUGUUGAAGUCCUGCCAUCCUUCCUGUUCUUCUUGACUGUUGGAGGCCUAUACCAUCCACGCCUGGCCAGUGUUUUGGGAGUGAUCUGGAUUGCCGGUAGAGCGGUGUAUGCGCAUGGAUACUCCACUGGAAACCCAGAGAAAAGGAAGCAUGGAGCGUUCGGGGCUGUGGGGCUGCUGGGUCUGUUCUUGUGCACUGUGCACUCGGCUACACACAUGCUGGGGUGUAACUCCUGUUUCGAUUGGCACAGGCGCAUCUUUAAAACUCUCUAAACAAAGGAGACCCACUAAUACUGAAUGUAUCUUUUUAAUGAUUUUGUUAGUAAAAUAAAGUCAUUAUUAUACAUCAAAA